CCAGUCUUAGAAUCGAUAAAAUGAAAAAAGUUGGGAAAGAAACCCAGAACCCUUUCCCCCCAACCUAGCCGGCACCCACCAAUGGCGAGGCCGCCGCCUGCGGCGCCCGCCCCGGUGAGGCUUCGUCUGCUUUUCGAAAACAGUCGCCUCCUCCAGCGUGUACAGAGGGAUGAAGGCCUUCGGCGCUGCUGGCUUCUCCUUAGCCCGGAGCUCGACACCGUCGCCGACCUUGCCGCUCAUGUCGCAGCCCGUUUCCGCCUCCGCCGCACCUGCCCGCGCGGCGUUGUGCUCUCGAUGGACGGGUUUACCUUGCCACCAUUCGAGUCAACCUGCAUCUUCAGGGAUAACGAUAUUAUAAGGGUUAAACAAAAAUCCUGCAGGAAGCAGGUAGGGCACAAUGAUGUGCACUGUAUUCGAGAUCAUGAUAUAAUAGAGAAGAUGCCGCUUCCAGUUGAUGACAAAAUCCUUGCCAUCCAGGAUCAAAGGGAUGGCCGUAAACACCAAGAAGAAGAGGCACAUGAUGAUCACCAGCUUGAAGAAAAUGUCACUGCUAGCCAUAGCAUAGAAAACAAUGGUACAAGCUCUAAGAGGAAGUGGAACGAUGGGGUUGCAGAAAUACCUGAGAGCUCAAAGGGAAAAAGGCCGAAGGUGAAAAAUUCUGGAAAACAUAUAGAUUGCAGCAAGGAAGAACAGCGUGGAUCUAAAAAGUUGAAGUUGUCAGUUAUUGAUAUUGAAGAUAAGAAAGCAACUCUAAAUCAUGAAACUACCACUACCUUGGUGGAUCAGCAAAAAGCAGAGGGGAACAAUAAAACCGAAUUGAAAUGUGAGGCAAAUGUGGCAGACUACAAUGCUCAAAGUGAUACAAAAAAGUUGGAGAGUAGAAGUGCUCGUCGCAAGAAAAUUAAAAGGCUGAUGAGACAGAGAGGAAAAUUACAAACAGAUAAGAAUGUGCAUGAAGAUUCACUAAUAGCUCCUGAUUUUCCAUCAUCAAGCAAUCAAGAUGGCUUGCCUGUCCCAUCAAGCAAUCAAAAUGGAUCACAUGUUCAUUUUUCAAGCAUCAAAGCAGAUGAGGAAGAAUCUGAUACAUCGGAUGAGAUUGUCCCAGUUGUGGUUCGGCCUGGUCACAUUCGCUUUGAACCAGCAGGUGGAGAACCCGACAAAUCGCCAGCACAGGAGUUACAGGGCACGUUCCAAUGGAGUGCAACAAUGAGCAAAAAGAAGGGCCAGAAGUGGGGAAUGAAUAGCUCAAACAAGAAAAAUGCUGAUAUCGGCUAUCAUGCAGGAAUAGCUGGAUGCAGCACAGAAGUUAACAAUCAUGUCAUGGACAUUAAGGUUACUGAAAAUGGCUUUUGUGCUGUCAAUAAUCGAAGGAACAAUGAAGGCAGUAACAUUGAGAUGUCCAGUGUGCAAAAUAUUGCUAAUGAAGAAAAGUCUAGCGAACCUUUCAAUUUUGAGAGCUUGUACCCCCUAACACGACUUCCAAAGGAGGGAGAUCUGAUUGCCUACCGAUUGGUUGAGCUGUCUUCCAUGUUGUGUCCGGAGCUCUCUUCGUACCGUGUGGGAAAAGUUCUGGUAUAUGAUCCCGUAUCAUUGCGUAUCAUUCUCGUACCCGUUCAAGAGUAUCCAAUCACCACCGAGGAAAAAGAAAACAAGGACGAGUCAGAUAUGCUUGUGGAUUUGUCACCGUACAAGGAAGAUGGCUCCUUGGAGAUCGAGUACUCUUCACUUGUUGAUGUAAGGCUACUGAAGGGUAUCGAAACAUGCAACGAAGUUGGAUCAGCACCGGCCGGAAGGCCAGUUACCUUGCACAAAAACGAAGGCAAUAUUGAGAGCCAGAAAUCACCCUUGGUGUCAAACAACACUAAAGGCGAAGAACGCGCACUAGGAAAGUCAGAAAGUACGGUCUGGGAAAAAAAUGGUGAGCCCAGUGAUAAGGUUGAUCUUCUGCAAAAUGGCUGGGCAACAUGGAAACAAAAUGCUAGUACGUCAGCUUGGUCUUACAGAGCCCUCAGGAGCAGCGCCCUUGGCCCGACGAUGGCAAUUCUACGAGGGAAGAACAGCCAGAGUAAACCACCCAAUCGAAAGAACUCCAAGUGAUGCCUAAGUAUUUAAUAACUUCAGUGAUACCUAUGUAAUCCAAAGUUGAUCCGAUCCUUUGGAGAAGGUCAAGCAAGUCGAUGUAGUUGGUCUUAUAUAUGUAACUGCAAUUACUGCCCUGCCUAUUUUGAAAAUUCCAAAGUGGUGACUGAUGCAAAGGGAACUUUUUAGACCAGUCAAGACUCGUUACUAUGCAAUGUCAGCUUAUUUAAUGUUGAUGAAAAUUCACUAAAAUUGAUCUUUAUUGUACAUCACUCAGAUCUUCAGCUUUGGAAUUGCUUGAUUUAUUACAGGAGGGUCAAUAGAACGUUAUCAUUUGCUUGAA